AUGAAAAGUCGCUACUUUACACCAAAUGAGGUUUUAGCACAUAACUCACCUGAGGACUGUUGGGUCUCGUUUCUUGGACAUGUUUGGGAUCUCACACCAAUAUGCGCACAGUACAAGGGCAGCAUACUUCUCCAGCCAAUCUUAAACGAAGCUGGUAAAGAUAUAUCACACUGGUUUGAUGCAAAAACUGGUGACGUUCGCCAUCACAUCGAUCCAGUUACGAACUGUUACGUACCUUACACACCCUUUGGUCGAUUUGUUCACAUACCACCACCUCAUCCAACGACAGAUUGGGCUACGGAUUUCGGUAUACCUUGGUGGAAAGACGAGAGAUUAAUUGUUGGGUACUUAACUAAGAAGACAAGAUUUGUACGUAUUUUUAACACACUUGCGCUACUUCAACACGAAAUUGAGGUGUGCGUUGAGGAGACUAUCACAGAUAUUCUUGUUCGUUAUUUAAAAUUUAAUUCACACGCUGCCUCGUAUACAUGGAAGUAUAAUGGUGUUGUACUAGAUAUGGAGAAAAAUCUUGAGGAGAAUAAUAUUAAGGAAGAAAUACAAGAUAUUGAAGAUUUAUUUAUGCCUCAAAUAUAUCUUUAUUACAAUGACGAUUUGACUGAGGCAUAA